AUGUCGUCUGGGACACGGAAUCAAUCCAUUGACGAGCCCUUCUCAGUUGGUCGUCCAACGAAGGACUGCAAAAGCACCGACGAUCUGAAGCCAAUACAGGACGAGGACAAGGUGGGUAUUACACUGGCGGCAACGGUGCUCCCGACUUCUACUCCCCACUAUUGUUUCAACCCCCUUGAAAUUAACAGCUUUUGACGAGAAGGAGGAUUUUUCAGCCUGGCUCCGCCGCUCGCAGUUUCAUGUUGGUGUAGUCCCCACCGACAAACAGAGCAUGGCAAUUUUACAGUGCCUGACGCCCAACCAGUUAGACAGGGCGUUGGAUGCCGGAUUGUUCGUCGAGACUCCGAUUGGUAAGCUAUGUCAGGAGUUAGAGAAACUCCUUAAACCCGCGAUAUCAUAAACCGAGACACUAAACCAACUGUAUUCACGAUGACGGCGAAUUGGAGAAACCUCCAAUGUGUUUGCGGACGAGUUGUACCGACUGUGCAAAUCGGCAUACCCCUCCAUCUCCCAGACGGAUUGCAGCGAUGACGUACUCUAUCACUUUAUUAAGUAUAUAGAACCCCCAGAACUACGGCGUUCACUCCUCCAACAACCGCCCCGCGACUUAAAGGAAGCCAUUAGCCGCGUCAACAUAUAUGCUAAAAUUCCACAUAAUGAACUCUCCUCCCAACCAUCCUUCAGGAAUUCCCAAGGACAAAACUGGCGGCGAUACGACACCGGUAACCAGAACCGAUCCGGCCCCUUCAACCGGCCACAAUAUCCCAAACGCGGCGGUUACGACCAAUCCUACAAUCGGCAGGUCUGUGCGUGCGAUAAUCCACAGCCAAGCACACACAACAGGCUCACUGGAUCGGAUACGUAUUCGAUUCCACUUGUCACUCAGCUUCAUGCUACGAUACAACCAUUCUAUAUUGAUAUUUCCCUCAAUAAGCGCCGAAUUAGAGCGUUAAUCGAUACGGGGGCGACGAUAUCUCUAGUAAACCCACAGGUACUAUCACACGCCCAAAAUGCGUAGAUGGACACAAGACCCCAGCUCACACGUUUGACCACCGCCGACGGCUCUCGCUUAAACUGUGUCCGCAAUAUCUCGUUGAAACUUACAUUCCAGUCCGGAUUGAAAGAUCACGCCUUUUUGGUAGUGCCAGGAUUAACCUGGGAUGUUUUGCUAGGACUCGAUUUUCUCGGCCGAUAUGAUUGUACCAUUCAGGUCCGUCAGCGUACCAUCGAAUUUCACAAGCCACCCUGUACCACACAGUUCAUUCCGCCUACGUUCGACGAAGACGCAGUCUGUGCCGUUAUUCAAGCUAACGUUGCCUUAACAACUAUCCACAUUGACACUAUGUUGCCUGACACCACAGGUGUAACCACUCACGGUCGCGAGACGUUGAGAACCUUACUAAUAGACUUCGCCAAGGUCUUCGCGUGGGAUGAGGACUCAUUGGGUAGAACAGCAUAUCUGAGACAUUCCAUCGACACGGGCAGUGCCAAACCGGUCUGGCAACCACCCCGACGAAUACCGGCCCAUUUCCACCAGGAAGUCAAUCAACUUAUUGAUUUUAUGCUUAAGAACCGAAUAAUACGGCCGUCAAACUCACCCUGGGCAUCUCCCGUCACACUUGUGCCAAAAAAGACGGGAAACUACGUCUUUGUAUCGACUACCGCAGAUUAAAUGCGCUGACUACUCGAGACUCGUUUCCACUUCCGCGAAUCGACGUAACCCUUGACGCACUGGCGGGCGCACGCUGGUUUUCUACAUUAGACCUUAAAUCAGCGUACUGGCUGGUUGAAAUAGAACCUACUGACCGACACAAGACAGCAUUUACCCUUCCACACGGACUGUUUGAAUUUGAGACGAUGCCAUUUGGCUUAUGCAAUGCACCAGCCAAAUUUCAACGCCUAAUGCCACUUGUGCUUGCCCAUCUCAUGCCAAACCAGUGUCUGCUAUAUCUAGAGGGCGUUAUCGUUUUUGGACGCACGAUAGCCCAACAUAAUCAAAACCUCACGGUCUUCCUGGUCGCACUGCGCGAUGCGGGCUUACGCCUGAAUCCACAAAAGUGCACAUUUCUACGGGAUAAAGUUACAUUUUUGGGGCAUGAAAUUUCUAAAGAAGGCAUUAACGCUUCUCCGGAGAAAAUCAAUGCUGUUAAACUAUGGCCAACUCCUAAAUCCGUGACGGAACUCCGCAGUUGCCUUGGAUUAGCAUCACAUUAUCGGAAGUUCAUCCUACAUUUUCGCAUCAGUAGCUCGACUUGCUCUUCUUUAAAGAUACCGUUACUUCUACACCUCGUGUUGCCGUGCCGGGGAGUUUGGUGAUCCCUGUCUUAACCGACUUACAUCAUGAACUAGGUCAUGUGGGCCAGGCCAAAAGUGAACAAGCAGUCAGACAGCGUUUCUGGUGGCCACAACGACGUGAACAGGUGAUCGCUUUUUGUAACACAUGUCCUACCUGUGCAUCCUUUAAAGCCCCUCGGCAGCGUUUUCGCGCGCCCCUUCAGCCUAUGAUCACAGGUUUCCCUUUCCAAAGAGUUGGUGUCGACAUAAUUGGAGCGCUGACCUAUUCGACCUCGGGACAUCAAUAUAUUCUAGUCAUGGUAGAUUAUUUCACCAAAUGGGCAGAAGCCACACCACUUCGCAGACAAGAUGCCCUAUCGGUAACAACUGUUUUCUUUAAUGACUGGAUCUGUCGCUUUGGUGCCCCUCUCUCCCUGCACUCAGAUUGUGGGGCCAACUUUGAAAGUAAACUAGUACAAGACGUUUGUGAUCAAUUGCACAUUCAUAAGACACGAACAACCCCAGCACAUCCGGAAGGCAACGGAUAAGUUGAACGCACCAAUCGAACCCUUAUAAACCUCUUAAAAACGUUUGCCGAACAUCGCCGACCCUUCAACUGGGACACCAGGUUACCUUACGCUUUGAUGGCGUAUUGUGCAGCAGUUCAUUCGUCCACGGGAUACUCGCCUUUUUUAUGGUUACUGUACGGAAUUUCCGACUCCCUAUUGAUUCUCACUUACCUAACGUGGAGUUAGAGUCUUUCACUACCGGCUCCUACGUACUAAAGCUUCAGGAGCUACUGCGAAUUACGAAUAAUUUGGCACGCGAACACUUAGGUUCAGCCUACCAACGACAAAAAGAAAACUUCGAUGCGAAAAUUGCGGGUACCCCGUACCAACCCGACGAUCUUGUCCUACGUUUCCGACCUGUGCCACCCGUCGGCGUAUCCGCAAAGUUUUUCCAUCCGUAGGAAGGCCCCUUCCGCAUACUUCGCGUUAUCUCACCCACCACAUACAUCAUAUAGGUCACCGCCAUGCCCAAUAGUCCGUUCAUUACUGCGCAUUUUGACAAGUUAAACCCCUUCGGAGGCCGAUUACCCCUCGCAUCAGAAGAGAAUCUACCCAUUCUUCCCGAUCACCUAGUGCCAGAACCCUCCAAUGAAAUAACCAUGCAGGACUCGUUAACAGCUAUCCUUCGGGACCCUUCGGACAGGGCCGUCUCCUAAGGAGAGGGGGGAAGUGUGGUAUGGCAGAAUUGAACUGAUCCAUCCUUUUGUUGUUUUACGAAGGUCCCUGUUUUCUGGUCAGUUUCAGAUUCGACUGGUGAGAAUGGCGUCCCAACCCCUGUAGCAGUCUCCAGCUCUACACUUCCCCUGGUUCAGCCAGAUACUGAUCAGAAUUAUUCCGUCAGAGAGACGUCUCUUGAAUAAUGCUAAUCAAGGAAUCUGAAACACCUUUGUAACUCCAUUUUUCCGUGUUACUAUUAUUCAAUUACAAUAAACCGUUCCUUGUAUCACUCCUGCUGACGAUUGUUGCUGGAUUACUGUGUUAUCAUGUCGUUUGGGACACGGAAUCGAUCCAUUGACGAGCCCUUCUCAGUUGGUCGUCCAGCGAAGGAUUGCGAAGGCACCGACGAUCUGAAGCCCAUACAGGACGAGGACAAGCUGGGUAUUACACCAGCUCCGCUAACCCCUGCACUAUCGCUGCACGACCGGAGCACACAGCUAAAGGCUUUGUUAAUUUGUCACCACAGGAUUUCGUAGGAUAUUCAUGCAAUGGUUGUCAAACAAUAGCCUCCAAGAUGCAUCAACUAGAGGAAGAAGUAAGAAAUCUGAAGGAACUUAUACACAAGACUGUUUCCUCAGGAACCGCGCGGGGUUAUCUACGCAGAGAUUAACUCGAAGUAGAACGAGAGCCAUCCAGUGUAAAGAAUCCCCAGAAAGCAAUCAGCUUCAUUGCUGAGGCUGUCCUCCUAAAGCUAAAGAUCCUAAUUUUCGCAACUCUGCUGAUUUGAUAGAUGUCACACUUGUACCAAAAAAGACGGGAAACUACGUCUUUGAAUCGACUACCGCAGAUUAAAUGCGCUGACUACUCGAGACUUGUUUCCACUUCCGCGAAUCCACGUAACCCUUGACGCACUGGCGGGCGCACGCUGGUUUUCUACAUUAGACCUUAAAUCAGGGUACUGGCAGGUUGAAAUAGAACCUACUGACCGACACAAGACAGCAUUUACCCUUCCACACGGACUGUUUGAAUUUGAGACGAUGCCAUUUGGCUUAUGAAAUGCCCCAGCCACAUUUCAACGCCUAAUGCGACUUUUGCUUGCCCAGCUCCUGCCAAACCAGUGUCUGCUAUAUCUAGAGGAGGUUAUCGUUUUCGGACGCACGAUAGCCCAACAUAAUCAAAACCUCACGGUCGUCCUGGUCGCACUGCGCGAUGCGAGCUUACGCCUGAAUCCACAAAAGUGCACAUUUCUACGGGAUAAAGUUACAUAUUUGGGGCAUGCAAUUUCUAAAGAAGGCAUUCACGCUUCUCCGGAGAAAAUCAAUGCUGUUAAAAUAUGGCCAACUCCUAAACCCGUGACGGAACUCCGCAGUUUCCUUGGAUUAGCAUCAUAUUAUCGGAAGUUCAUCCUACAUUUCGCAUCAGUAGCUCGACCCCUACAUAGUUUAACCGAAAAAGGACCAUUGUCUUUGGCGGCGGAACACUGCGCGGACUCUGGACACACUUUCGCCUUCCAGAACGCCAAAAUUCUGGGUCGAGGCAAUGACCGCGUAGCCAGGGAAACAAUCGACGCCUGGCACACAGAGACUACCUCAAUAAACCGUUGUGUCGCCCUUCCGGCAGUCCACCAAGCUCUCUGGACGCAGCUCAUCGAACGAAAGAGCAAGCGCGAAGUUAGGCCAGACGUGAAUCCAAACACGGGAGAACUUACGACGCGCUGCUGUCCGUCAGCUCGGUUCCAGUUUGGAUUUCAGGAACGGGACGGCACAGCCGAAGCGACAGGUCUCCUGCACGGGAUACUCCGGUACGCAGUCACAACUCCCAAAUGGGUUGCGGUGGCGGUACUUGAUGUGUCCAAAGCGUUUGACUCUGUUAAUCAUGAGACUAUCUUGCGAGCGGCCGCUGCUGGUGGCGCACCACCUCCUCUUCUCUCCUUUCUUGACUCCACCUAUUCACACCUCACGACCCUCAUAUCUGAUACUGAGGUAAAAUGCCUUCGAGGUGUUCGCCAAGGUGACCCCCUCUCCCCGCUUCUCUUCUCUCUAGCGCUAUCUGAAGCGUUAGCCUACUCAAAUCGGCAGCUUGGAAUAGACAUUGCCAACACAACGGUUGAUACCAUAGCGUAUGCCGACGACCUCGUCAUAUUUGCUGAAUCGCCUUUCCGGCUACAAGAGCGUCUCGAUGGUCUGGCUACUGGUCUGUCCCACGCAGGGAUGGUCCUAAAUCCGGCCAAGUGUCUGACAUUCUAUGUACAGGCGCUUGGAAAAGCGAAGAGUUCGUGUCUCAGCCCGUGCUCUGUAUGCAUAGGAGGGGAACCGCUUCGGGUAUCAGGCCCAACGGAGUCCUUCACUUACCUGGGGGUUCCGUUUACCUACCGCGGUAAACAGCCAAUCCGGCACCGUCCUUUACUACACGAGAUGCUCACGGAGAUUUCCCAGGCCCCGUUGAAACCUCACCAGAGGAUAACACUCCUGAAACGUCAUUGUGUGCCUAAACUCAUGCAUGAUCUGGUGCUGGGCUCCGUAUAUCGGCAGACACUUAAACGCCUUGAUGUACAGAUCCGACAGGCAGUGAAAACCUGGUUACGCCUUCCUGCAGAUACGCCGACGGCCUUUUUCUACGCGCGUCUAACGGAUGGUGGAAUUGGACUACCCUGCCUGUCAACCAGUAUUCCGCUGAUGAAAAGAAAACGUCUGGAUGCACAGCUGUCAUCCGCGGAGGUUGCCGUCCGAGUGGUCUCGGCAUUACCAGUGGCCGUGGCAACUCUUCAUCAAGCCUCUCGCCCUGUGCUCAUCAACCAGACGGUUAUCAAUUCGAAAGAAGAUGCUCGACAGAUGUGGAAGGAACAACUGCACCGCUCAGCGGACGGUCGUCCACUUGCCCAUAUCGGGACCUCUGCCUGUGUUUACCACUGGCUAUCCUCUCCUGACCGAUUGUUCCCCUGGCUCUACUUGCGGGGCAUUCAGCUUCGUUCUGAUGUCCUGUCAACCUGUCCUGAUUACCCGGUCCUGCACAAGCCGGCGAUAUUCUCAUCGCGGGGCGGAAUUCUCAUGAGUUCGGAGAAGCACCUGAAAUCCGUCGGAUUUACGGACUAUGACAUAUCUGAUCUGUGCGUCUGUGCCAUACGGGGCUCCCUAAAAGCAUAUGACGUAUACACACGUGGGGCCGGUGGCCGCCGAAGACAACGACCAACGGCGACGCGGCAAUAA